CUCGGCACGGGGACGACGAGAAGUGCUGACUCCAAACUAUGGCGCGUACUAUCAUCAUGAACAAGAUCAUGCUUCGACGACCGGCACAGGCAUAAUUGGAGCAACUACUACAGAGACUGCUGGUGGAGGAGGUGGCGGUAUGAUCAACUACAACACGGCUCCUCCCCGAGAAGUAGCAGAUGGCGGUGGAUCUGGCUCAGCAUCCUAUGUUGAUCCCCCUGCUCUUCUAUAUCAAAACCAAAUCCAGCCCUCCCCCUCGAGAAGUCCCCACCAAGCUGCAGCUGCUCCUGGCCCCCCACAACCGCGAAACUCAGCCGGGCAACUACCUCCCCCCGCAAUGGGCCUCGGCCCGCCGGUCAUCGAAAGGGCAACCUCGAGUCUCGGCGCAGCGUCCCAAACGUCAAUAGAAGGGGGUAGCUCGCCGUCGCAGAGCGGGAUGAUGACGAGGAUGUUGGGCGGAACAACUUCUACCAGCAGACAACAUCACCAGGGAACUACCUUUACUGCUGACCACAACUUCCUCGCCCCCGCCCCUCAUGCUACCAGCACACUUUACCCUCAGCAGAAUUUGAAUUACAGAAGCCGUGUGGUUACCGCUGCAGCUCAGACUCAGACGCCACAGCGGUUUUCCAGCGGGCCAACGAUCUCAUCCCCGCAAAGCCGAGCGCGGAGGCAGGGGCUCCUGGCCAAUAACAGCACAGGCUAUAAAAAUUUCAAUCGGCGCGCGACCUUUCCGCCACGGGAGACGCGGAGACGGCCGCGACCGAAUCUGAACACCACGAGAGGACACCUGGAUGUUGAACAGGUGACACUGGAACAUCAAAUGAAUCAUCUCGAACAAGAACAUACUUACCGUCACGGGAACUUCUAUCCCACUAGAGUUGAAAAUGUUCCUGCGUCAGCGUCGUCGUCCUCAGACGUGCGAGUUGUUACCGCGAAAAAUAUGCUUGUUGCAGCAGCGGCGCCAACGACCGCUGGCACUACAGCAGGAUCCGCCCAGACCACGACCACGUACAAUACCGACGCCGAGAUGGCUGCGGCAGGAGAAGAUCCUCCGACGGAGCUUGAGGCUGAUGAUCAUGACGCUUCGUCUGGUAACGGCGGGGACGCGGACGAUGAGGACGUUAUUCUGUCCGCAAGACGGCACGACUCCUUCCCGAGCGGGAAUGUCAGUGACAGCAGCUGUAGUCGGAGUCAGGUCAUCCUGAAACCCGGUCCCUCCAUAUCCACAGUGAAAGAAUAAUUUCCCGUGCACGACGUACAAAUGGAAAUGCGGUUUCUGCAUGGUAAGCCUUGCCGGCGAUCCCAGUUUAUUAGGAUGACAAGUGUUUACAUUGGCGAAGAAGUUUGUCAGGAAUUUUCAUCUUGUACAUGUACGCGAUUGGUUAUAAUUUGCAUUGCAUACCUCACGUCGGAAGUGCACAACCAACGGGUGAGCACGUAUCUGGAGGCCGCCGCUGCGGCGAGAAAAUUGAAUCUCCAGCGAAGAGCUUCAGCCACCCGGGGGGCAACUGCGAGUGGCGGACGAGCAGGGGCUCCUGGUGGAACCACGCCCCCGGCAGCAGCUCUCCUCAAUAGGCAUCUAAAUCAGCAACGUCCUGCGACCGUCGCUGCGGCUUAUGGCGUUCUCAAACGUUACGUGUGUUUCUCUUGUUGCAUGCUUUUUUGAUGCAAGACUAGAAGGACCUGAAGGCUGAAAUUCAGGUCCUUCCAGUCUUGCAUCACAGAGCGCGUCGCAAACUUGCGACGCGAAGCAGCUUGAUCGCGCGGACUGUGACAUCAGAGCUUCUGGUGCACGGCAAAUACUGAUGGAACAACAGCUGCCAUACUGCGACGUUUGGGAACUCCAUACGGCUAGAGGGCAACAUGGUUUGAGAGACCUGCGGCUAGAACAAAGAAGACAACUUUUACACCUGCAGCAGCAGCAGGAACUGUCAACAGCUCAGGAAGAUGAGCCCUACCUUGUCCACUCUCCCACACAGUACGGCGCAGACACGCCUUACUUUGGCCAAAAUCCACCGGCGUAUGUUGAACAGAAAUACGCAAACCAAGUUACUGGCCGCCAGGACGAAACAGUGCAAACACCGCAGCAGCACCGACAACCCACUUCCUCGUCUCUGGAGUAUCACCACCUCAGCUCAUCGUCGCUGGUGGGAGUGGCUUCUUCCGCAGUGCAGACUUCGCACCAAACGGAUAUGCAUCGCAAAAGCUAAAGUACCGUAGGAGUGGUAAUUGCAUCACAAGUUUCUUGUCUAAAUUCAGAGUAGAAGUUGUAAUGCUGAUUCAGAACAAUUGCGUAUGCUUAUGCAUUCGUCAUUUUUGUUGCGCAAGAUUGCCAUGACUUAGAUUCGAAAGGACAAUAGUUUUGCGGUGGAUACAAUCGCUUCACCAGCUGCAACAUGGCGGAGUAAUAACACCGCCCUACCACGGUGGUGCUCAACAAACAGCAGGGGGCGCAUCUGUAGUAAGUACUGCAACUACUGCCCCCGUGUACCAACACCACAUAAAUCGCUCCGGAGCAGCUGCAGUACUAGACCACUCCACGCAGCAGCAACGCCUUGCAAGAACUACAGGGGCGCAAAACUACCAAGGGCCACGAUUGAUGUCAACGACGUACCAAUACGGGGACGGAACUUCAGCAGCUCCCGCAGGACUGCAGCACCAACACCAAUUGCUGGGCGGGGUACGACCCGCACAACAGCAACAGCAGCAGCCCGGACGACCCCAGCUUGCACAUCAUCAACCGCAGCUGCAUCCUAACCGUUUACAGGUGCAGCAGCAAGGGACUACCCCUCCACUUCCGCCGACCCACACGACGAGUUACAACAACCGUCUUGCUGUUAUGGCGUUCUCAAACGUUACAUUCUCAACUGUUACAUGGAUUUGUAAUGCAAGAACAGCAACAGUAAGAGUGGCAAUGUUGCAGCUUUCGCAUCACAGAUUUGCCACAGAUUGUCAUGCUGUUUAGCCCUUCGAAAAUUUGUCAUGCUAAGCACCUUGAUCAAGUGGAGGCUGAUGGCAACUUUGCAUGACAAAUCCGUAUAACAGUUGAGAAUGUAACAGUUGAGAACGCCAUAGCUGUCGCCCCGGUUCCCUACAUCCUGAGCCCGGAGACGAGUGCGCGGCAGAUCAUAUCACUAUCCUGUGCAAAAGUAUCGUACUCGUAUUGCAGUCAUGCAUUACAAAUCUUUUUCUCAGCGUAAAUCUGCAUUACAAAUUUUAUUUCUCAUGCUGAGGAAAUUUGUAAUGCAUUUAUACGAGUACGAUACUUUUGCAAUGCAUAAUCCCCAGGAGUAAGCGAUCCCACCUCCUCGACGUCGAUAUGAACUGCAAAAGUAUCGUAUUCGUAUAAAUGCAUUACAAAUUUCCUCAGCAUGAGAAAUGGAAUUUGUAAUGCGGAUUUGCCUUAACAAAAAUAUUUGUAAUGCAUGAUUACAAUACGAAUACGAUACUUUUGCACAGCAUAGUCGAGACAGUUUUACAACAAUCCCUAUCACGAGGAAAAAUCCCCCCUCCCCAUAUCAAAAGGAAGUUUCUGAUGCUGAAUUCGCAUGUACAAAUCAGGUUUGUCUUGCAGUAGAGGACUGCAGGCUCCUGCCAAGCCUGAGUAGAGAGGUUUUGGCCUAGGCGCUUAGCAUGAGAAACGUCUGUGCUGUAGGCCCAACAGCAUCACAAACUUCCUGCGUAAUGCGGCAGAGCCUGCGGAGUUGUCUCCGUGCAAGACAGACGUGAUUUGUGGUCUCAAAUCAGCAAGACAAAUUUCCGGAAGCAUACCUUUUCGAUAUGGGGAGGGGGGAUUUUUCCUCACAACAAUCCCGCCCCGGGCGGACCACGUGGAGCUGCUGUAGAAGUCGAGCAAUUCCCGAUCCACUCGCCCGCCAUGGAGGAGACGGGUUACCGGGAACUGCCGCCGCAAACAGCCUGCGGACCCGCGGUUUUUACAAAAUCUUCAGGUACAACAGUUUGUUACUCUAGUGCAACUACAUCUUCAGCAGGAGGACCACCGACUCCUGCUUGCGGCGCUGCUCCAACAUCUUCUUCAGUAGAAGACGGCACAACUUCUAUCGUAAAGGCGUCCCCGAGGUCGUUACCGGAAGUUCUGCAAGAGCAGCCGCUGCCCCACCAGCAAAGCGGCACCCUGUCGCUCACCUCGUCGCACAAAUCGGUCAGCGGUGGGAACGACGAUCAUUCGCCAACGACAUCCACCCCGGCGGCGGGGGCGGGAUCAUGCGCGUCUCCGCCCGGAGCCGGCGGCAGUUCUCCGUCAGUUCUGGUAGAAGAGAAGAAACGGAAUGUAGAGGAGGAAAAAUUAGUCUACUACAACGGGCAAAAAUCAACUGGCAGUAGUCGUGGCUCUCGCGCCGCCGGCGCAACCACGGUUGUAGAUCGUCCUGCCACGACGUUGGAGGCAGAAGUAACAAAUCCACAUCUACUGCAGGAUCGUGUUGCGGCGAUUCGAGAUUACACGAAGGCUGCAACUACUUCGGCGGCAAGUAUGAAUCCGACACAGUCGCACAGUGCACGCACACACGAGGGGAUUCUAUCCAAGAAAAAAACGUUGUUAGUGUAAAUUUGUGAUGCGGAACAUGCAACAAGAUGAUUGCGUCUCUCAUGCUUGGCAUGCAUUGUAGGGUCCACUAAAGGGCGUUUACGCGUACUAUCUGCGCAUGACAGGUUUUUGCUGUCAUGCCAGACAGAUUUGCGAUGCUGUUCCUCCAAAAAAGUUACACUCACAAUGUUUUUUUCUUGGAUAGAUUCCCACUUCUGUGUAUUAUCAGCAGCAACAGUUCAUAGUUCCGCACCAGCAGCAGCAGCCGCGGGUGGUUUCGCGGGAGCAGAUGGGCAACAACUACGCAGGAGAAGCGAGCGGCGAUCAUACUGGGGUAGCAAAUUCGGGCAAUCAUGCUCAGGUAACGACACCGGAAAUACAGAGUCGGUCUGUGUCGCGGGGGAACAAAGAUUUGUUGGGCAUUUGGUGGGAUACGGCCUGAGGAAAACUUGAUGGUGUUUGCGAAAUUUAUGCAACGUCGGCGGCGCGCAUUUGAAUUGAAAUUGGAUUUUUACAGAAGAUUAUAGACACGACGACUACUCUGUUGAGCUGAAACCGGAACCAUUUGAGAACUACGAGAAUACAGAAAAAUAGAAUCACAAUCACUACAACGGGAUGAGAGGAACGAGCAAGAAGCUGUUUGUGCGGGAAUCUUCAAAGUGGAGUGAGAACUGCCAUGAUUUUUGUUGCUCAACGGAACAGGUGUUUUGAUGCAGAUUUUGAACCUUGUUUUGCUUUCGUCGCCAUCUCUCUGAGGUUGAAAACGUGAGUUAUUAAUACAAUUUUCUGGCGGCGCCACUUGCUGCAUCUUGUCCUGGUCCUACUUAUGGUACCACAUGCAGCAGCACUUGCUGCAUACAUUGCGGGGAGGAACCCGUC